CCCAGUCCUGCCGAGCUCAGCGAGUGAAGCAGCCCCGUCUCAGGAGAGACUCUCAGACCAGAUCAGCCCCCUGCAGCCUGCAAGUGGGGCUCCAAGUGUGGGAACAGGGAACAGCCAAAACCGAACCGUCCGCUAGCGAUGGAGUAAAAAAAGAGCAGGGGAACGCGUGAUCCUCCUCCUCCUCUCUUCCACCUGAGCGCAUUCCGGUCUGACUUACUGCCGGACUCUGAGACACAAGCCUGAAGGAUUUUGAUGUUGUGAACACGCUUGUUGGAAAUAGCUGCGAGGGUGCAUUGUUACAGGAAGGUUGAGGACAAGUGUUUUGCCUGGGAUUUCUCUUUUUUGGUAUCUGUCUGGCUUUUGGAAUUUUACUGAUAUUGGUGCCAGUCUACGAUCCUGUGAGUGCGGAGGAGUCGAGCAGGAGCGCGAGGACCCGAGGGGGAUCAGUGCCAACCCGGAACAUGGUGCCUAAUCACCGCCUGUCUGUGCCCCGCCUCCCCACAGGGGCGGCCCUGCUGCUGCUGCUGCUGGCCUGUGUGGUGACAUCCUCCUACGCAGACAGCUUGCCCAACUUCAUAAAGUCCCCCGAGGACCAGACGGGGAUUUCGGGAGGGGUGGCCUCGUUCGUGUGCCAGGCGGGCGGGGAGCCCAAGCCCAGGAUCACGUGGAUGAAGAAGGGGAAGAAAGUCAGCUCGCAGCGCUUCGAGGUGAUCGAGUUUGACGACGGGUCAGGGUCCGUGCUGCGCAUCCAGCCCCUGCGCACGCACCGGGACGAGGCCAUCUACGAGUGCACCGCCACCAACAGCAUGGGCGAGAUCAACACCAGCGCCAAGCUCACCGUCCUGGAAGAGAACCAGGUCCCUCACGGGUUCCCCACCAUCGACAUGGGCCCCCAGCUGAAGGUGGUGGAGAAGACGCGCACGGCCACCAUGCUGUGCGCCGCCAGCGGGAACCCCGACCCCGAGAUCUCCUGGUUCAAGGACUUCCUGCCCGUGGACAUCAGCACCAGCAACGGGCGCAUCAAGCAGCUGCGAUCAGGUGGUACACCAAUCAGAGGAGCGCUGCAGAUCGAGAACAGCGAGGAGUCCGACCAGGGGAAGUACGAGUGCGUGGCCAUGAACAGCGCCGGGACCCGCUACUCCGCCCCCGCUAACCUCUACGUGCGAGAUCAGCGCGAAGUCCGCCGGGUGCCUCCCCGAUUCUCCAUCCCGCCCACCAACCACGAGGUGAUGCCGGGGGGCAGCGUCAACCUCACCUGCGUGGCGGUGGGGGCGCCCAUGCCCUACGUCAAGUGGAUGGCGGGCCUGGUGGAGCUGACCAAGGAGGACGAGAUGCCCGUGGGCCGCAACGUGCUGGAGCUGACCAGCAUUCGCGAGUCCGCCAACUACACCUGCGUGGCCAUCUCCUCGCUGGGCAUGAUCGAGUCCACCGCCCAGAUCACCGUCAAAGCCUUGCCCAAGCCCCCGGCCUCCCUGAUGGUGACGGAGACCACCGCCACCAGCGUGACGCUGACCUGGGACUCGGGGAACCCGGAGCCCGUGUCGUACUACGUGAUCCAGUACCGGGCCAAGGCCUCGGAGAACGGCUUCCAGGAGGUGGACGGCGUGGCCACCACGCGCUACAGCAUCGGCGGCCUCAGCCCCUACUCGGAGUACGAGUUCCGCGUGAUGGCGGUCAACAACAUCGGGCGGGGCCCGCCCAGUGACGCGGUGGAGGCGCGCACGGGCGAGCAGGCGCCCUCCUCGCCGCCGCUGCACGUGCAGGCGCGCAUGCUCAGCGGCAGCACCAUGCUGGUGCAGUGGGAGCCGCCCGAGGAGCCCAACGGCCAGAUCCGCGGCUACCGCGUCUACUACACCACCAGCCACCAGGCCCGCGUGCACACCUGGCAGGUGCACAACACCGACGACAGCCGCCUCACCACCAUCUCCGGCCUGGUGCCCGACACCACCUACAGCAUCCGCGUGCUGGGCUUCACCUCCGUGGGGGACGGCCCGCUCUCCGACGUGCUGCAGGUCAAGACCCAGCAGGGGGUCCCCGCCCAGCCGUCCAGCUUCGAGGCGGAGGCGGAGCUGGACACCCGCAUCAUGCUGACCUGGCUGUGGCCCGUCCAGGACCCCAUCACCAAGUACGAGCUCAUGUACUGGGAGGCCAAUUCAGACAACAAGAUCCAAGUCACCUUCAACCCCGCCGGCUCCUAUGCCGUGGAAGGCCUGAAGCCCGACACGCUGUACAAGUUCUCCCUGGCGGCCCGCUCCGAAAUGGGCCUGGGGGUGUACACCCAGCCCAUCGAGGCCAGGACCGCACAGUCCACCCCCUCGGCCCCCCCGCAGGACGUGCACCUGGUCAGCCUGAGCUCCACCAGCAUCAAGGUGAGUUGGGUGGCCCCGCCCGCCGACAGCCAGCACGGGGCCAUCGUGCAGUACACGGUGGCCUACCAGGCGGCCGGCGGGGAGGACGAGCAGAGGCACGAGGUGACGGGCAUCGGCGCCGACGCCUCCGGCUACGUGCUGGAGGGCCUGGAGAAGUGGACCGAGUACCUGGUGUGGGUGAGGGCGCACACGGACGUGGGGCCCGGCCCCGAGAGCCCCGCCGUCCGCAUCCGCACCAACGAGGACGUGCCUGGAGCGCCCCCUAGGAAAUUGGAGGUGGAGGCGAUGAACUCCACCGCCAUCCGCGUGACGUGGAAGCCGCCCCUCUCCGUGAAGCAGCACGGCCAGAUCCGGGGCUACCAGGUCAUCUUCUCCCGCCUGGAGAACGGGGAGCCCGUCGGCCAGCCCAACAUCAUGGACGUGGCCCUGCCCGAGGCCCAGUGGAAACUUGAGGAGUCGACUGACCAUGAGGCCAUCAUCACGGGGCUCCCCGCCGAGACCACGUACUCCGUCACCGUGGCGGCCUACACCACCAAGGGGGAUGGCGCCCGCAGCAAGGCCAAGGUCAUCACCACCACCGGCGCGGUCCCCGGCAAGCCCACCAUGAUGAUCAGCACCACCACGGAGAACACGGCGCUCAUCCAGUGGCAGCCGCCCAAGGACAUGGUGGGCGAGCUGGUGGGCUUCCAGCUGCAGUACCGGCGGGACGGGGAGGAGGCCUACACCGUCCGGGACCUGAAGAAGACCGACGACCACUUCACCGUCACGGGCCUGCACAGGGGCGCCGCCUACGUCUUCCGGCUGUGCGCCAAGAACCGGGCGGGCAACGGCGAGGAGCACGUGAAGGAGAUUGUGACGGCGGACGAGCCGCCGUCGGGCUUCCCGCAGAACCUGCGCGUGGUGGGCCUGACCACGUCCAGCACCAAGCUGGCCUGGGACCCGCCGCUGCUGGCCGAGCGCAACGGGCGCAUCCUGCGCUACCUGGUGGUGUACCGCGACAUCAACAGCCAGCAGAACAGCACCAACGCCACCGCCGACACGCACACGACCAUCCAGGGCCUGCGGCCCGACACCACCUACGACAUCCGCGUGCGCGCCUUCACCAGCAAGGGCGGAGGCCCCAUCAGCCCCAGCAUCCAGAGCAGGACCAUGUCCAUCUCCCCUGCGUUUGCCACCAGCUUCGGCGUGAAGGCCGUGAUGAAGACGUCCGUCCUGCUCACCUGGGAGGUGCCCGAGAACUACAAGUCCCAGGCGCCCUUCAAGAUCCUGUACAACCAGCAGAGCGUGGAGGUGGCGGGGAACCUGAAGAGGAAGCUGAUCACCAAGCUGCAGCCGGACACCGAGUACUCCUUCGUCCUGCAGAGCCGCGGCAACAGCGCGGGCGGCCUGCAGCAGCAGGUGUCCAUCCGCACCGCGCCCGACGUGCUCACCACCAAGCCCGUCCUGUACGGCCGCGAGCCGGGCGAGGGCGGCCGCCGCACCAUCAACCUGCCCAAAGUGCAGACCCAGGCCCCGGUCAGGUGGUACUACAUCGUGGUGGUGCCGGUCCCACAAGGCUUUUCCCGAAGGUGGGAGAACCCCGAUGAGAUGGAGCUGGAUGAGCUCCUGGAGGCCAGCGGCCACCCGGACCUGAGGCGGCGGAGGCGGCGCCAGGCGGACCCCCCGAAGCCGUACAUCGCCGCCAGGCUGGCCUCCCUGCCCGACACCUUCACCCUGGGCGACGAGAAGAAGUACAACGGCUUCUACAACAAGCCCCUGCCCAGCCAGCACGAGUACCUCUGCUUCGUCCUGGCCGCCCUGGACCAGGACCAGGACUCUGCCACCGGCGGCGAGAAGCAGAAGACGUUUGCGGCCAGCCCGUACUCGGACCCCAUCAUGGUGGAGGUGAGCAGCAGCACGGCCACGUCCAUCGAGGAGCCCGAGAUGCUGUGGGUGAUGGGGCCCGUGCUGGCCGUCAUCCUCAUCAUCAUCAUCGUCAUCGCCAUCCUGCUCUUCAAGAGGAAACGGGCCUCCCCCUCCCCCAAGGACGAGCACUCCGGCGGCGUGAAGGACUCCCUGCUGUCCAACUCCUCCGACCCCGUGGAGAUGAGGAGGCUCAACUACCAGACCCCAGGUCCCAGUGCCCCCAGUUGCCCGAACACUCCAAGCAUGAGGGAGCACCCGCCCAUCCCCGUCUGCAACCUGGCCGACCACAUCGAGCGCCUGAAGGCCAACGACGGCCUCCGCUUCUCGCAGGAGUACGAGUCCAUCGAUCCCGGCCAGCAGUUCACCUGGGAGAACUCCAACCUGGAGGUCAACAAGCCAAAGAACCGCUAUGCAAACGUCAUCGCCUACGACCACUCCCGGGUCAUCCUCACUUCCGUCGACGCCGUGCCAGGCAGCGACUACAUCAACGCCAACUACAUCGACGGCUACCGCAAGCAGAACGCCUACAUCGCCACGCAGGGCCCGCUGCCCGAGACCUUCAGCGACUUCUGGAGGAUGGUGUGGGAGCAGAGGGCCAACACCAUCGUGAUGAUGACCCGCCUGGAGGAGAAGUCCAGGGUUAAGUGUGACCAGUACUGGCCGGUCCGGGGCACAGAGACCUACGGCAUGAUUCAGGUCACCAUGCUGGACACAGUGGAGCUGGCCACCUACAGCGUCCGCACCUUCGCCCUCUACAAGAACGGCUCCAGCGAGAAGAGGGAGGUGAGGCAGUUCCAGUUCAUGGCCUGGCCCGACCACGGAGUGCCCGAGUACCCCACGCCCAUCCUGGCCUUCCUGCGCAGGGUCAAGGCCUGCAACCCCGCCGACGCCGGGCCCAUGGUGGUGCACUGCAGUGCUGGUGUGGGCCGGACAGGGUGUCUCAUAGUGAUCGAGGCCAUGCUGGAGCGCAUGAAGCACGAGAAGUCGGUGGACAUCUACGGUCACGUGACCUGCAUGCGCUCCCAGCGCAACUACAUGGUGCAGACGGAGGACCAGUACAUCUUCAUCCACGAGGCGCUGCUGGAGGCCGCCACCUGCGGCAACACCGAGGUCCCCGCCCGCAACCUGUACGCCCACAUCCAGAAGCUCACCCAGGUCCCGCCCGGGGAGACCGUCACCUCCAUGGAGCUGGAGUUCAAGAGACUGGCCAACUCCAAAGCACAUACCUCAAGAUUCAUCAGUGCCAACCUGCCCUGCAACAAGUUUAAGAACCGGCUGGUGAACAUCAUGCCCUUCGAGUCCACCCGCGUGUGCCUGCAGCCCAUCCGGGGCGUGGAGGGCUCCGACUACAUCAACGCCAGCUGCAUCGACGGAUACAGGCAGCAGAAGGCCUACCUGGCCACACAGGGCCCGCUGGCCGAGACCACGGAGGACUUCUGGAGGAUGCUGUGGGAGCACAACUCCACCAUCGUGGUGAUGCUGACCAAGCUGAGGGAGAUGGGCCGGGAAAAGUGCCAUCAAUACUGGCCCGCCGAGCGCUCAGCCCGCUACCAGUACUUUGUGGUGGACCCCAUGGCUGAGUACAACAUGCCCCAGUACAUCCUGAGGGAGUUCAAGGUCACUGACGCCAGGGACGGCCAGUCCCGGACCAUUCGUCAGUUCCAGUUCACCGACUGGCCCGAGCAGGGCGUGCCAAAAACCGGCGAGGGGUUCAUCGAUUUCAUUGGCCAAGUGCACAAAACCAAGGAGCAGUUUGGACAAGAUGGACCAAUCACUGUGCAUUGCAGUGCUGGCGUGGGCAGGACGGGAGUCUUCAUCACCCUGAGCAUCGUGCUGGAGAGGAUGAGGUACGAGGGCGUGGUGGAUCUCUUCCAGACCGUCAAGACGCUGCGCACCCAGCGGCCCGCCAUGGUGCAGACAGAGGACCAGUACCAGCUGUGCUACAGGGCAGCGCUGGAGUACCUGGGGAGCUUCGAUCACUAUGCAACGUAACCGGUCCUGGACCCGCCCGCCAAACCCGCCAGGGGUGCCAAGUGUUCCUUCUGAGCCAUGCCCGCCCAUCUGAUUGUGUACAGAGAGCUGCCAGAGAGGGGGAUGAUGGGAAGGCUGGCCCCGCCUUCAGUCGAGGCAGUCCGCCUGGACUGGCACACCCAGACCGCUUUUAACCCCCUGAGAAAGCCCCCCCCCCCUCGCUUUCAGCCACACCCCUCCUUCUCCUUCCUACACUGCACACAGCAUCCCUCAUUGGCUGCUGUGUGCCACUGGUAGCACUAAAAUAUUACUGGCAUUUUUUUUACCCAUAUCAUUAUUAUUAUUAUUUUAUUAUUAUUACCAUUAUUAAAAUAAUAUUAUUAUUAUUAUUAUUUAGAUUUUUUUAUAAUCAUUUAACUUUUUUUAGUCUUAACAGCCUGGAAAAUGGGUCUGUAAAUUUUCUAUAAUUGUAUUAUUUUUGUUAAUUUUUUUAUUUUAUUUUUUUGUAUGUUAUUUCUUGUUUAUAGCACAAGGGGCGUGUGUUUUUAACAUGUCUCUAGGUACUAAUACUGGAGAACCUGGGUUCUCUGAGCUGCUGUCCGGUAAUUUUUCACCAUGAUUUUGUUUUCUGCCAUUUUUUGUUUUUUUUUGUCAUGUGUCUAAUCAGUCCUGCCCAUCGGAAUGGGGGAUAACUCUUCUAGGCCUUUUCACUUCCUCUUUCUUCAUAAAAGGAAAUGAAUCUGAGAAAUUACAUGAUAAUAUAUGACAGAGUUAAGAGGUACUAUAUGAAACCAUUAGGUACGGGAAAAGUGAAUGAACUAAAGAGACGAAAUCAGCCGUGUACAGAUUUUAGCUUUGUUUCUCAGUAGCUGAUAACUAUGAUUUCAGAAGAAAACCUUCUCGCCCAAAGAGACUGAUCGCUGUUGGGCAAACUGUGGCAGAAGGAUCAGUUCCUUCUUGUUCCCCCGACACAGCCAAUGACAGCCAUCGUUCCCCAGACAACCAACCAACCAACCAACCAACCCCUAAUACCCUGCCUCCCCUCCCCCCACACAAACCACCCCCCGGGCUUUCCUGGUCACAAAGCAUCACGUUUGUUGCUGGGAGAAACCGCACUGGCCACAACCACAACUGAGAAAGGGCAUGACAAGGAGGCAGGGGCAACAGCUUCCACCUGACACCUGUACAGUAACCACCAUCUUCCAGGGAGCAAGAGAAUUCUUUUUUUCCCCUUGGACUGGCCUGCUAUUAUUUUUAUAAAUAUAUAAAUAUAUAUAUACACAUAUACACUUGUCGCCACUCCGCGACAGCGUCAAUUAUUGUUAAAUAACCCACAAAUAAUCCUGGAUUUUCUUGACAAACCAACCAUGGGGAUAAGAACAAGAAAAGACUUGUCAUUGAAUAUGUAUUAAUGGUACAAUGUUAUAACUACUGUAUUAUCAUUGCACCCACUGAGACCCCGGGAGGACGGUCUCCUGCGAUGGGGCGAGGCAGCACAAACCCGACGACGGAGGAUUUUUACGUCGAAUCGAAACGCGUCUCCUCGACGGCCAAAAAUAACACAGGGAGAGAGAGAGAGAGAGAGAGAGAGAGAGAGAGCGAGGAGGAUUUGGUCCGAGGGGCUGAAACGUCACUGAAGCGUUCAUUUUUACCUUGUGUAUGCAUAGUGCUGUUGGGGUUCAAUCUGUUGUAUACACAGUCUGUUUUCUAUUUGUUAAUAAUAAAAAAAGGAAAAAAAAGAUGUCAGAAAACCUCCUUGAUGUUAAUAAAGUUGAAUAAUUGGGUUUUGUA